ACAUGAAAAGAGGCAUAAAUUAUGAAAUUAGUUUAUUCAUUUUCAAGCUCUCUUAAACUACUCUAAGGUGUUUAGCUACUCUCGAACCCUCCUCGGCCAGGUUGAGCUCUUGAAGACAGGUAUCAGUUGGGAAUUCACUCUUACUUUCGUUCUACUCGAACUACUUCUUCCCUUCUCUUUGGAUCCACCAUCGUCCCUCUUACUCCUUCUACUCUUCCUAUUGCCCAUCCACGACGAGACAUAUCAUUGUUUUUGAAUUCUCUACCUGUUAGCCUUGCUCCAUCUUCCUCGUGGUUCGGAUUAGGAAAUUAAUAAAUUUAAUGACCCUACCUGUGGUUAGGUUAGGUUAGGCUAGGUUAGGUUAUGGAAUUACACUUCAAUGCGCACUGACAGCUGUAAUACUCAACAGUGAGAAUUUUGAUAUCAGCAGUAAUGGCACUUUUCAAUGUUCAACUUGUGCCACACGAGUUUGUAAACCGGCGCCAAAAUUACUAGGCGCACUGCGGCGCUCUAUGCGCCAGCAUCCCCACCUGCCGGCACUAUAGCCCCGGCGUGGUCCAUUGCGAUAACGCGAUCGUCCCUUUCGCCGAUUGUCAUCCGACCAAGACGGACGGACGUUCUGCGCGAAGAAAGGAGCUAGAAACUUACUUUGAACAAAUAGGGAAAAUAAUAAUGGAACGUACCUCCAUGUACUGAGUACGAUUCAAAGAUGUAUACAGAUAUAUAUAUAUAUACACACACACGACCCUUGUAGACACUGAUAAUCAGCUGAUAUGUAUUUCCGAAGACGUAUACGUAUAAGCGACUAUCGAGUCGUUGCGUCUUCUGAGUUACCUGUGGGAAACCUACAGAUCCUUACUGCAGUCGAAUACAAAUUCACAGCUAUAAAUAAGCAAGUGAUUGUAAACAUGAACGUCGAGAUCCAACACUGCGUUUCUAUACGCAUCAUGCCGAUAUCAAUUCUAUUUGGUACCAUUUGGAUUGAAAAGAGCCUAGUAAUAUUCUAUCGCCAUCAAGUUCAUGAAUUGCGCAUAGUUAAAUUCAGUAUAUUUGCUUACAUUUAUGGAUUUAACGUACAUACAAUAUUAGUAUCUCAAAUUAAAAAAAAGGAAACCAUUACAAAAUCGUUCCUACCCUCUUAUGGGUCUUUUGCCCGAGACCAGCCCUUUGACACUCUACUAAAUUCUUAUAGGCAGUACACAGCUGUGUUAGUAGUGUCGCCGUCUGCAAUUCGCAUUUAGCGGCGCUAGUAGUCAAGCGCGCUGCGUCCCCCCAACCCCCGUUGUCGUAAUAAAUAUAUCGUAAUAUGAAGGCCCUUGUAUUUAAUUUAUUCCCCACGCUUCCCCAAAAUUUCAAUAAAAGUAAAAAUGAUAAUAAAAUACCACAUAAUUGUUAUAAUUAGAAUUAUGCAUUUUUACUUAUUUUUUUCAUUCAUUUAUAUGAUAAUUAACAUAUGUUAUACUAAUGUUCAAUUGACAUUUUAUAAGAUGUGCAUGAAAUUUUGGGAUUUGUUUAGCCGAAUGAAAAAAGUUUUGGGAGUUUCACUGCUCAUUCAAAGUAGCAUUAUAAACGCGUUAAACACUCACAUAAGUCGCGGCUGACACAGCCGGACACACACAAGUGACUACCAGCGCCGCGCGGUGGUUGGCGACGCUAACAGGGCCAUACCUUAGGUUCACUGCCGUGUCCGAGACUCGAAGACCGAACGAUAAAGAUCGCAGGAGAAUAUGAAAUCGAUGAAUUUGGUAGUCAAUGCACAGACCUUGUCUACACCAGGAGUAAGAAUGAAGAGGCUAAUCGUCAGUCGCUGUCUUGCUGGGCUACCGGGUAGAUCAGAUUCUCUUAUUACUCACAAAUAUUUACAUAAUAUACUUUGAUCAUCGUAAUACAUUAAACGUUUUUUUGAAUCACCCGCGAAACGUAAAAGCUUUCUUCGUCGUGCGCGGGGGGCGCUGUGAACGAAUACCGCAUUUUGCUGGCAUUCUACCGAACUCACGACGCGAGGUAAGGCACCUGUGAGUAUUAUUCUCCUAAAGAUUUCUUUCUCUUGAUAAAACGUUGAAGAAAGACAGAUAACACUUUAAAGGACAUAGAGCAUUAACAAUUUCCCUUUAUAAAAUAAACAACAGCUAAGUUAUCGUCGAGGCCGUUCAAACAUCGCAAAACUCGAGAGCGUGCUAUGGCGGUAGUACUGGGUAGGACUAUGGCGCCGGUUAGCGUACAUUCCGCAGCCACGCUUCCUUCGGUGCAUUUGAUAUAAUCUGUGCUGCCGACCCAGCACGUGCCUGAUCACGUGCUGGCCCACAUUGUAGACUGUGCUGCACACUGGUGGCUGGACGAGACAGUCGCCCGGCUAACUCGGCAAACAAAGGGACAUCACCUGACACUUGGCCCUCUAGCGAGGGGACAAAGCCACACAAGGAUCAAGAAGAGACAGCACAGUGUAGCACAGCUGAUGACGACUUUUUAUACACGUGUGGAUGGUACCUUGAUGACACUAAUGUUCUCAUACAUUUUCAUAGGAAAGUCGAGUCAUGCUGCUGCUUCUUUUUAUCCUCGUCGCCCUGCUUCUUCUACCUCUGGCAAUACUCAGGAGCACCGGACACAGGCAAAAGCGACCUCCUGGGCCCUGGGGACUUCCUGUCAUCGGAUAUUUACCCUGGAUCGAUUCCAAGGCGCCUCACGAGACGCUGACCAAUCUAACACGUCGAUACGGUCCUGUCUGUGCUCUUAAAAUGGGAUCCGUCUACACCGUUCUUCUAUCAGAUCCUCGUCUGGUGAGACAGGUCCUCGCCAAGGACUCCUUUUCCGGUAGAGCGCCACUCUAUUUAACUCACGGCAUCAUGGGUGGUUAUGGACUGAUAUGCGCCGAAGGUAAACUCUGGAGGGAGCAACGUAGAUUCGCUGUGUCGUGCCUGAAGAAUCUGGGAAUGCUGAAAUUUGGAGGUAAACGCGAUCGACUUGAAGCGAGAAUAAUUGGGGCCGUCGACGAGAGUGUAUCGAAAUUAUCGGUGCAUUCCGGUAGACAAGGUGUGGAUCCCUUCGAGACUUUACAUCACUGCCUGGGUAAUCUGAUGAAUCGCAUUGUCUUUGGCAAGGACUACCGGGAGGACGACGUCGUGUGGAAGUGGUUGCGUCAUCUUCAGGAAGAAGGAGUCAAGCAUAUCGGCGUGGCAGGGCCGCUUAACUUUCUGCCGAUUCUCAGGCUGCUUCCACGAUUUAGUAAAGUGUUUGACUAUCUGAUCGAUGGGAAGCGGAAGACUCAUCAAGUGUACAAGCAGAUCAUCGCCGAGCACAGGAACCAGGUUGACAAUGGAGAAGAGACGAUGGACAGUGUCUUGGCUGCGUUCGACGAUGAGAUGAGACGUCGGAUGAACAGUGAUGAUCCUGGUCACUUUACCGAACCUCAGUUUCUUCAUUUUCUGGCGGAUCUCUUUGGCGCCAGUACAGACACCACCUUGGCGACGAUUCGCUGGUUCCUCCUCUUCAUGGUUGCAUACCCCGAGGAGCAGCUCAGGAUUCAGCAGGAGUUGGAUGCUGUUCUUCGAGGGAAGAAUGUGUCUCUCGAUGACAGAAGUGCCUUGCCGUACCUCGAAGCUGCCAUAGCGGAAACUCAACGUAUCAGGAGCGUCGUCCCCGUCGGCAUACCUCACGGAACCACUGAGGACACAUUGAUCGCCGGUUACGAAGUUCCAAAGGGAAGCAUGGUGGUUCCCUUACAGUGGGCUAUUCACAUGAAUCCGAAAUACUGGCAGGACCCAACGAAAUUCAAACCGGAAAGAUUCAUCGCCCAGGACGGAAGUCUCGCCAAGCCAGAAGCUUUUCUUCCCUUUCAGACUGGAAAGCGGAUGUGCCUCGGCGAAGAUCUAGCCAAGAUGAUGCUCUUCCUUUUUACUGGUCGAAUCCUCCAGAGGCUUAACCUAACCUCACCUGAAGAUCAACAGCUGGACUUGACUGGAGAGUGUGGCAUAACUAUGACACCGAAACCAUAUCGAUUAAUAUUCACAUCUCGUUCCUAAGCUAAUAAUCUUCUCUUUCUUCUUCUUCUUCUUCUUCUUCUUCUUCUUCUUCUUCUCCUCUUCGCCUCUACGUAUGAGCAAUUGAGCAUAUACAACCACCGAUGUCUUCUUCGCGAAGCUAACUCCUCGCGUGUACAAGAGCGUUUAUUUUGACUAAAUAAAGUAUGGCGUACUCCAGCACGUGUUGAUUCUAAUCGAAAAAGCCAAAAGCUAAAAGAGGUAGUGACGGCUUUAUUAGUUUAUUUAAUUGUUAGCACCUGCGACGCAGCGCGUCACGCUCGAUUGCUUGUCAUUGAGCGAAAUCUGGGCGCAAAUAACAUUAAUUGAAUUGUUCGCUUCGUUCAGCCAUGCAGAGUUUCCUCCUUGUUCAGUGAGACCACUGUCUCGCCGUGUAGUACGAUGUACCUCGGGACACCUAUUGACACCUAUUUGAGAAACCCUGCCCGCUCUGCCGCCAAUACGCAUUACACAACUCACGCUUGCAAAGCAGCGGCGGCCUUGGUUCGGUCACAACACACCGUUCACCUACUGCCGAAAUUGACAAAAUUCUUUCUAGCAGUAGGAGAGCAAAAGAAACAAACUAGGAGAACCGUACGGCAUUCUCUAGUCGACGGAAUGAGAAUGCGGAUACCAUGGGGAUUAUUUGACUUGAAGAUGAUUUAUAAGAGGAAAAUGAAAUUACCUGGAAUGACAGUUGAUAUGACAACGGAAGAAGAGCAUUGAGCGUGAGUCAUGAUGUGGAUAUGAUCAAUCAUUGCAAGAUGCAAGAUGGCGCUUCUUGAGGUUAUGCCAGUGCUUGAUGUAUGUCUAUUUGAUAUUGCAGGAAACAGACUUAAAUGUGUACAGUCAAAUCGAAUGCCGUAAGUUACAUAACUCUCAUGUGGCUUGGGGCCACUUGACUUUCGUGUCAUUAACCUUAUGUUACUCUGCUGAUAUUUCGUUAGAAACCCAGAGCGAGCAACGCCGAGUUUCUCUUAUGUAAGUAAUGAUCUUAAGCGAAUGUCAUCGGCGUUUUCUGUGGACACGGUAGACGUGAUCUCAGUCGAUAUUUCGAUAGUGAAGUUUACACGGGAAUAAUAGAAUCGACGAAUCUCUCUAGCUCCGCGACGACGUUUCUCUUCCUUUAUCGAUGGACACACAAUUUUCUUAUUCCUGGGUCGAGGGAAGCAAAAAGUUCUGCCACUCUUGGACAAGAGGACGAAAAUCUAAAUGACGAAGGACAACGGUAAUCGUGGCAAUUUUCACUACGUUUCGUUAUAUUUGUAAACGCGAGCUACGAAUCCGAGCGAUCUAACCUAAUCUACGAUUCUACGCUAUUCCCCAAGGAAUCUUAUCGAGGAUCCUCAAUCGGAUGAUUAGAUUCCUUAUCCACGUGAUAUGCGAGCCAAUGUCAAAAUUGUCCUACCUAAUGUAUUAGUUGUUCGAAGAGAAAGCUAGGUCCACGGGAGUCUUUCGUAGGCUCAGUGGGCCCGGAGGAUCGAGAUCGGAAUCGAAGGCCAACUCGAAUGGAGCCAAGAGAACCUUUGAAGCAAACCGGUACGAAUUCGCCUGUUGCGCCCUACGGCGAAUCAUCGUAGCGUCAUUAAUAAAUAAAAAGAAUAAAAUUAUCAACAGCGAAUUAGCUCAGGGGGCUUAUUACGGUUCUUGAAGGAAUAUAAUCACUUUUUUUCGUAAUCGUAUGAAAUCAAUGAAAACUUGAAAUAACUGGAUACUUCCGGCAUAGGGAUCUCACAUUUUCACGAAGGCUACUUGCCGUUGCUGACAGCUGUCUUAUAUAACAAAACUUAUUUCCGUAAAUCUUUUAUAAGUUUUAAAGGAAUCAAGGCGUAUUUGUUAUAUUUGUAUUUUUCAUUUUUUUAUUGUAAAUUUACACUUUACGAAAAUUCAAAUAGUGCUAAUUACCUAUUAAAGCUGCGGAAUCAGUUUUCCGUUAUACUGAAUGGGUCUGAGGCAUCGCUCAGUGUUCGUGGAAUUCUGAGCAUUAUACCUUAUCGAUUUUGCAAAUACAUUACGAUGGCUAAAUUAUUCUUUGUGGAAAAAUAACAUUUUAUUCCGAUAACUUCCUUUUUCGCUAUUCACUCCGAUGUGGGCUAGAUUUUCGGGCACAUCACGCUUGCGCAUGCGCACGAUGUUUUUCGACAUGAAACUCCAUGUCGAGUCGACUCACGCGACCAAUCUCGUCUUUUCGCAAGUUGAGAAGGAUCGUAAUUCUGCGAGUUACUCAGAGCCCAGUCACACUCGUCGUCACAGGCCUUUGGACGCAACGCUCAACCAAUAACACAAGGUAAAUUCCUACGUACGCGCUCCACCAUUGGUCGACAGUUGACGUUCACGUUUGACAAGUGUGAUUGAGCCCUCACUGUCGUCAUUUUCGCCUGAUCAAACAACCGUGAUAAGUCCCCAGAUCUCGGAAGAAAUAAUUGCUAUUGGUAAGCAAUCUUAUGAAUUUUCAUUCUUUAAACGUCGCAAUUCUAAUUUGUAUCUUUACCAAAGUCUUACAAAAUUUGUAUACAAAUUUUAGUCACAUUUACUGAAAAAGAAAAAAAACAAGAGUCACGAUAUCCAAGAGACAUUAAAAAGCGCUUGCAAAUUCAAGCAAAGAACCAGCCGUUGCCUCACACGAGUCUGGACGUGAACGUAGCGCACGAAGGACAAACUUCCAUUGUGGGAAAUCGAGGGUGUGACAGAAGAAAGAGCGUGGAUAACUUGAAAAAUAUGUUUAAUUCGUAGAAAAAUAUCAUAUAUCGCUAUAAAGUGUCGCAUUCGACGAUGAACACAGUGCUGCAUUUCUAAGAAGUCAAACGAACGACGACGCAGGCACAAUGCGGAAGAAGAAGCUGCGUUGCACUUCUCGACCGUAAACACA